UUUUGUAUAUAAUGUAUGUUUAAUGUUUCCAUUCUCCGAAAUGUUGCUUCUAUUUAUGUUGUGUGGCAACUCUGGUCAUUGCUACUCAAAAACAAACGUAACAAAAAAAAAUGGAUAAAAGAUGGAGUCUUCAAGGUAUGACUGCACUUGUAACUGGUGGAGCCAUCGGAAUCGGGCAUGCCAUAGUAGAGGAGCUAGCCGGUUUUGGAGCUAGAAUCCAUGUAUGUGACAUAUCUGAAACAUUGCUCAAUCAAAGUUUAAGCGAAUGGGAAAAGAAAGGGUUUCAAGUAAGUGGUUCAAUCUGUGAUGUGUCCUCUCGUCCCGAGAGAGAAACACUCAUGCUGAACGUCUCAACGAUGUUCGAUGGCAAACUCAACAUUCUUGUGAACAACGUUGGCUCAGUUCGAACAAAACCAACAACAGAAUAUGUGGAAGACGAUUUCUCGUUCCACAUUUCAACAAACAUAGAAUCUGCUUAUCAUCUUAGCCAACUUUCACAUCCUCUCCUAAAGGCUUCUGGAUUUGGCAGCAUCGUCUUUAUUUCCUCUGUUGGAGGGGUUGUAUCAAUGGACUGUGGAUCUAUUUAUAGUUUAACCAAAGGAGCUAUGAAUCAACUAGCAAGAAAUUUGGCGUGUGAAUGGGCAAGAGACGGCAUAAGAUCCAACUCUGUUGCUCCUAAUUUUAUCCAAACUGUUAUGGCUCAACCUCUUCUUGGAGACGCCGGUUACAAGAAGAGUUUGUUUAGUAGAAUUCCACUUGGUCGCGCUGGAGAACCAAAGGAGGUUGCAUCACUUGUGGCUUUUCUAUGUCUCCCCACAGCUUCAUAUAUUACUGGUCAGACCAUUUGUGUUGAUGGAGGUCUCACUGUCAAUGGUUUCACAUAUCAGCCACAAGCUUGAGCCGAGCCUUGUGUGUGUGUGUGUCUUUUCAUCAAGAACAUCGAAGACACGAUUCUUAAUUAAAGAUCAAGUUUUAAUAAAGUGUUCUUCCUAGUUUUCAGGAACACUAUCUCACCUUCCAUUUCCACAUGUUAUACGAAUCGAUGAUUUCUUCUCCUUUGUUUCAUAUUAUAAACAAGAAAGUCCUUCUCCUUUGUUUCAUAUUAUAAACAAGAAAGAUAAUGAAUAAAGACACAGAGAAAAGAUUUCUAAAGUAAAGUGUUUCUUACGUUCUUGUUGCUUUGAUCGGUAUCUCUACUAAGAUCCC